GUGCUUACAAAGUUUUCCUUCGAAAGGAAGCUCCAUUUAACAUCACCUUUUGCAUUCUUGGCCCUGAGUAUCAUGCAAGCUCGGCUUGAGCUACCCUUAUUCCCCGCUGAAGUGAUUCUCUGCGUUUCCUGUUCGCUAUCUACAUUUCCCGAUAAAUUAAAUCUCGCUGCAACCUGUCAAAAACACCCACAGAUAUUCCAUGACAAUAUCAGCACCAUUUACCAUUAUGUGAACCCAAUGGCAAUCCCUUGCCGACGCUACGCAUGAAAGCUCCUGGCAGACCAAGGUGGCUCACUACCAAACGAGACUCCAACGAUUCAAGAUUUCCUGCAAAUGACCCGAAACUCCAUCGCCAUGGAGAAAUUAGUUGUCCAUUUCAAUGAGACGGUCGUUGUUAAGAUGACCCAUAGACGCCGUGCCCAUAACCCCGGUGAUAAGAGGUUCUUCAAAGGCAAAGUACUACGUCCUCCGUUCUUGACUAAACGUGAGCGUCCACGAUUUAUCCGAGCGGCCUAUCAACGAUGGAGUCUGAUUCUCCUUGAUCUACAGGAGGGAGCUGAGGAUAAGCACACUUGA